CACCUCGGUAAUUUUCACUUUGCGUCCGAUGAAUAUCGGGAACGCUCUCGGUUCUCCUAGUGCAUCUGCGUAUUUAGCAGUGCCGCGACCUGGAUCGGCCACUUGAAGGUUACGAUAGCGGGAGCAGUUUACACGGGGCAGGAUGGUCGCUGCAACCACUUAUCGGCUGCCGUUCGUUCGGAGUUGUAUGCGGCCGGAUCAGGGCGCCGCUCCAAGGGCUAGCUGUAAGAGAUCAAAGCUUCGACGAAAGGUCACCACAAGGAGGCGAUGCGAAGCAUUGCAUUCUUCAAACGUAAUGCAGAGGAGUCAUAUGUGCGGUCCUCGCGAGGGUGCUGCAGAGCCGAGAGAGAUGAAAGGUUUACAGCCUGGUACGGCAAUUCACUCGUGUGUGCUGGUGGUCGUCGAUGGCUGGUAACUGCGGGAUUAGGCUACCAAACAACAAGAAUAUUUUCGGAAAAAGCGAAAACAUGCCAUUGUGCCCCUCUGGCCGAAUAUUCGCGCUAAGCCCUGGCGGAGACACCACUC